AUGUUGUAUUUUAGUUUUAAUGCUUUCAUUUUUCUCUUAAAUUGUAUUUUUACUUAUGCUGCUUUUAUUCCAAGUGGAAGAUUGUCUCAUUCCUCGAUCCUUAAUGAUAGGAAACUCUAUUUUAGUGGCGGAAUGAAAUUUGUUAAUGGCACUUAUAAUGCCUAUACAAAUGAAUUCUUUUAUUUAGAUGUUUCUAAACCAUUUACAAUAACUGAUAACAUUUCAAUACCAUGGGUUGACCUUACUUAUACUGGAGGCCCUCAAAAAUUGGAUGCCACAGCGUGUAUUGGUGGAAAAAAUAAUGAUAUGGUUUUUAUUUUUGGAGAUUAUCCUAAUAAUCAACCAUUUGUUAGUCAAUUUGAUACAAGUAAACAACAGUGGAUCGAUAUCGCAUCUGUUGGAAGUGUACCUACUAAUAGAUAUUCUAUUUCAUGUGCUGGUUUUAACAACGGAUCGAUUGCUAUUUUUAGUGGGUAUAAUAUUACAAAUGAUCUUUGGAUAUUUAAUACAUUAAGAUUAACUUGGAGUUUAAGCAAUGCAACAAAUGCACCUUUGUCUCGGUAUUCAUAUCAAGCAAUAACUUUGCCUGAUGAUAAUAUUUUAUAUAUUGGUGGAUUUAGUAAUAUUACCAAUUCAUAUAUGCCAAUGAAUAACAAUACAUCUGGCUCAACACCUCCUUCUCGCAAUUCCUUUUCAGCAAUAUUAACUCCAGAUGGACGUAUAGUAAUUUUUGGUGGUCAUAACUCCAAUACGACUUUCGGUGAUCUGUGGAUCUUAGAUACUACGAUAUAUCAAUGGUCAGUUGGAAGCAUUUUAAACCCAAUUGUGGAUCUAACUCUUCGAGAACAUACCGCAACAUUAGUGAAUAAUUAUAUGUUUGUUGGCUUUGGCAUAUUUUCAAAUAGUAGUGUUUCGUCAAAAAUAUUUAUGCUCGAUGUAAGCCAAAAAGAUUCCUAUAAGUGGGUUACUAAAUUUGUUCCAAAUAGUACAGAUCAGGCUACUACAAUUAUCCCAAGCCCUCAAAAUAUUGGAUUAGUGAUUGGUGUCACUAUUUGUGGUAUUAUUUUGUUAGCAGUAUUCAUUGCUGCAAUGAUUUUACUUCUAAAAUUUGUUGAUUAUGUACAGUAA